UGGCGCAUUCGCCCCUUUACGUAACCUUCGCAAUUCGGCCUGUCCCGGAAUUACACAAGUUGUCAGCUGGCGGAGGCUUGUAAACGCUAUAGUUCCUUCGCAUUUGCUUCACAGAACCGGGUCAUCUGCUACACACCACUUGAGCCUCGGUUAUUUGGCUUCCGUUAAUUUUCAUUGGAAAGUGGAAUUUGUUGACAAGCGGUGUGGGAUUGGAACAAAUAAGCAGAUAACACAUUGCAACAGUAUGUCGGCGGAGACAGAAGUCGUACCCCCUCGUUACCCGGGGCAAGUCGACACGCCUUUCCCGGAAGUAUUCAACACAAUGCCUAAACAGCCGGAUCGGAAAAAACCGGGGCAACUCUCGGAGACAAUGAUAAAACAAUUCUUUGAAAAGGGAUAUGUACUUGUUGAGGACUUUUUCACACGAGAGGAGUUGGACCCCUGCCGUACCGCUAUAGAGGUCCUUCUAGAAGAUCUGGUCCAGUGGCUGUUCAAGGCAGGAAAAAUCACAGAUACAUACAAGGACCUAGGUCUCUUUCAAAGACUGACCCAGGUGGAGAAGGAUUUCCCAGGUGCAAACAUCCUCCUGCAUAAGCUGGGCAAGCUCCCUCCAGCAUUUCGAAAUCUGUGGUCUAACGACCGCUUGCUCAAUGUGAUCGAGCAACUGAUUGGCCCCGACAUUGCAGGACAUCCGGUGUGGAAUCUGCGCACAAAAACACCCCAGAACGAGGCUACAACAGUUCCCUGGCACCAAGAUUGUGCAUACCUGGACAAUGAAUCGUAUGAGGUCCUCCAGCCUACAGCCUGGAUCCCCCUGCUGGACACUACCGAGGAGAACGGGUGUUUGCAGGUUGCAGUAGGGGGUCACCGCAGUGGAAAGAUAGCCACUCAUCAGUGUUGCUAUGGUGGCACGUGGUAUGUCAUGCUGGAAGAAGAGGAAAUGGAGAAAUCUCUGGGCGUUGACCUGAAGAAGGACCUGCUGAGCUGCCCCGUUCCCUAUGGAGGCUUCCUUCUCUUCAACAACGUUAUUCCACACAGGAGCCUUCCGAAUCUCUCCCAAGACGUCCGAUGGAGUUUAGAUCUCAGAUGGCAGCGGCCGGACAGGCCAGUCGGCUUCUAUGGUCUCAAGGACAGCAUUCUCAUGAGGUCAUCGGGAGACCCUGAUCACGUGAUCAACUGGGAUUCGUUCGACGAAGUGGACAGGCACAAGAAAGCUAAACAAGACGCUCCGAAAAUAAAUCCAGUUGGCGAGGAGGAGGAGUUCGACACGACCAUCCAGGGACCAUGGAUGAAGAAGUGGGCAAUGGUCCACAUGAACCAGCAUACGGAUAGGCUGGGAAAGGCCGACGAAACGUCUUGGCAUAAAGCAUAGUAACCACGGGAACGGGUGUCCAGUCGCCUUGGGAGACACAUUCGACAUCAUUAAGCUUACUAUUUUUGUUCUUUUUACCUCAGUACACAUACACCCAGCACGCUAAGUUACGAUUCCCAGAUCUGCAGAAUCAUCUAGACUAAGAACUGUUUUAGAAUUCCUAGAUACUGUAGCUUUUCCAGGCAGUCGUAAAUGUCUAUAGGUCCCUUUGUUGUUUGAAGUUUUAGGACGAUUGUAGAAUUCCUAGAUCCUGUAGCUUUUCCAUGCAGUCGUAAACGUCUAUAGGUCCCUUUGUUGUUUGGAUACUGUUGGACACAGUUGGACACUGAUGAAGUGAUUGCUCGCUGUUGUCCGGUCUCAAUAAACUUCAAUUUUUUUAUAUUUAUCAUAAUUAGAAUCUGAUAAGUCGAAUCGGAUGUGUCAAAUUUUCGGUUGUCUCGAUCUGUUUACUUAUUUUAGAAAACAUCUUUCGAACAGGUCACUGUGAGAAGGUGAGCAGCCCUUUGUCAUAAAUCCUUCUUAUGUAUUUUCUUUACUUCAUCUGACUAAAAUUUCUUAAACUUACAAGUAACUGCAUCUUUAACGGACAUUAACCGUAAACCAGUUACAGAAAGGCCAAAUGAAGGUGAUUGGGAUGCAUGUAUUACAUGUGCCGUUGUAGAUUUGAAGUGUCUUUAACAGUCCCUGAACAAUAUACCUAUACAGUUCGACAUUCAACAUAGCGUCAAUAACCAUAAGAAAAUAUGCAAAUUGAGUUCAUUGACGUAUAACCUUCUCAUUUCAUGUGGGUCUGCAUAUGUAGGGGCACAUUUGUUUGUUUUCGUUUGAACUUUUUGUUUCGUUUUAAAUCUGAGCAAAAUUCAUUGGCUAUGGAUGAAUCGGAACUCGUCAAACAGAAUUAGAGGAAGCCAUCGAGUGACACCCAAAGGUUGGGAGACCAAAGAAACACGUGACCUGAAUACGUCUGUAAA